GGGUGAGGGUGAGGGCGAGGGCGAGGGUGUCUGUACGUACACCGAGAGAGAAUCGAUCUAAAACUAGGAGUCGCCGCAGUAACCGCUGGGAGGAAGCCACUGUUACAAUUUGCCCCCAUAUGCGCUAGUGAAAUCUUAGAUCGGGUAAUUGUACGGAGAGAGAGCAGCUAGAAUGAGGUGUUCCCGCGAGGUGGUCGUUCGCGUUCGGCCCGCGCGUUGAUUCGAGCUCGCGCGAUACGCCACGCCGAUAUCCGUGCUGAUACAGUGCGGAAAUCCACCGAACGAACCGAACUCAGUGCCGAGGCUGACCGAAAAGAGAGUAACGGAGAGGAAGCGACGGAUGUCUAUAUAGGGAGAGGGAGAGAGAAAGAGGGAGAAUCGCGAGGAGCGCGCCACAGAGAUAGACGGAACUACUACAAGGGAAAGAGAGAAAGAGGAACAAGCCAAGAUAGAGGGAGAGGGAGAGAUACGCGUACACGUAGAAAGAGAAAGAGAGGAAAAGAAAGAUAGAGGGAGAGGGAGAUCGAGAGCGCGAGAAGGACAGGAAGGAAGAGAGAAAGGGAAAGAGAAACGGUGUCGCAUCGCAAGGUGUUUCGGUGUACGGUGCACGAGACGGAGAAACGGUCGCGAGAAGAUCACGAGAGAGGGUUGGGUGAAAAUCGGAGAAAAUCGAGCAAGAAGAAAAGAAGCAGAGAGAGGAGAAAGACGGGAAAAAGACGUGUGAAUACGAGAGAAAUUCGAGAGAAAAACGGGACGAGGAAGAGAAAGAGAGAGAAAGAGAGAGAAGAAACGGAGAGAGGGAGAGAGAAAGAGAGAGAGAGAGAAAGAGAGAGAGCGCAAGCAAGGGUGGGCGGACAGUAGUGCACGAGAGCAUCCCGUCGCCACGAUAAUGCGACGUGCAGCUUCUUUACUCGUUCCUUCUGAAUAAGUGCUUGCUGGGACGGUCCCUUACCUGCAGGGAUAUGACGUAAUGGCAAGAGAGGAGUUACGGACCAAGAGACCUUUUAAGAUAUGGGACAGUUGGCGUAACGUAAGAAAGGGACUGUGUGUUAGCAAUUUCGAGGAACUGAUACACCAGGGUAAGGAGAAACUGGGCGUGCCACAGAGCGAGAAUGUAUCCGUAGUGUUGGAAUCGGACGGUACACAAGUGGAGGACGGGGAAUACUUCAAGACCCUAGCGAAUAACACGAUCCUAUUGUUGCUAAGGCAUGGUGAACGUUGGUGUCCAACUGGAGUCGACAUCAUACGCGCUGCGAUUUCGGCCAUACCUAAAAUAGUCUGCGAAACGAUCCACGCCCUGGAGCUACACGAUGAGACACCCUCGUGGAAGAUCAUGGACAAUAAAGGACGAGUCACGGUGGUGCUACACUGGGAUCAGCGUUCAUCCACGUCUCAGGCCCAGCAACAGCAGAAAGGUCAAGACGUGCAGACCUCCAAGUAUUCGCCGACUAAGAAAACCGAUCUGAGUCAGCGGCCACCACUGGUCAUCCAGACAAGCCUGGACAAGCUCAACUACGCGGGGAAGCUGGGACAUCUGACGGCCGAGGUCGGCCCCAGCCGUUACACCAGCCCCCACAUCACUGUGAUAAAUCAUGACGACAUGUGUCGCGAGGUUUCCAAAAUGGAAUUCGAUUUCAAUUGUAUUCACUUCACGUUCCCUGGACAUCCAUGGACACAGAUGAUCCAUCAUCACCACAAUCAUCACCAGGAGCACGACAGCUCUGAGUCCGAGACCGAGAACACGAUCAUGGAGGACGAGAUCGUCACCUCGGAGAAAUUUUUACUGCUCAUCGACCAGCUCACCGUAGACCAGAAGCACUUAAGCAUCAAGGACAUAGGGAUCAUCUUGGAGAGGCUCAGCUCGAAGAUACUGGACGUGGAGCGGCUCGACAGGGAGAGCGAGAGCGAGGAGUGUUACAACUGGACGAUCAAGGCUAUCAUUAGGGGAGACGUGUUGAGGGAGCUAGGGGUUAUUUACAACGGGAAUUACUACGCGAUCUCGGAACACCCCGGAUACAAGGAGGAGUCCGAGGAGAAUAACGAGGAUAACGAGGAGGAGGAGGAGGAUAGACUUUAAUAUGAUGCUGUUUUACUAGAUAGAUAGAUAGUUAGAUAGAUAGAUAGAUAGUUAGUUAGAUAGAUAGAUAGAUAGAUAGAUUAUACACCUAUUAAUGGUUAUUAUUAAUAAUAAGUAUAUAUCGAGCUGCGGGGAGGGGGCUUAAAAAGAUAAAGAUUCGAAGAGAGAUUUGAAGAAGGGUUUUUGGAAGGAUUGAGGAAAAGAGAGAGAGAGAGAGAGAGAGAGAAAGAACAAAUAUUUAAUAGUCGAAUUUGUUAUAAUUGUGUAUGGAUUUCCGAAUGGAGGUCGGAGGAGGAUUGGAGGAUAAACGAAACGGUGAUUUUUUUUCAAAAUGUUUUCAUAAUAAAACAAAGGAAUGCGUCAUAAUAAAAGAUACCAAAAAAAAAAUAAUAAUAAUAAAAAUAAAAAUAAUAAUAAUAAUAAUAAUAAAAUAAAUAAAUAAAUAAAUCAUACGAUACCUUAUUAAACUUAGUUCUAAAGACGGUUGUUGAAAUAUGUACUUAUUAAAUAGUAUGUAUACUUGUAGGAAACAUUUUUGGGAUUACGGACAUUGAUUCCGUAACCGUCCACAACACUGCCCUAUCUAAAAAAAAAAAAAAAAAAAAAAAAAAAAAAAAAA